AUGCUAUUGUUGAAAUUGAACCUGAGCAUAUGGAAAGGGAAUGUGACUCUGAAGGACCUCACUUUAAAGGAAAGUGCUUUGCAAGAGUUGAAUCUUCCCAUCAGGACUAUUUCUGGAUCUCUAGGGAAGCUGAUUUUAAGCAUCCCAUGGACAAAUCUGUACAAUGCACCUGUCAUUGCACAAAUUGAACAGCUUCACCUUUUGGCAGCACCCAAGAGUGUGAAGUAUGAUGCUGCCAAAGAAGAGAAGUACCAACAAGAGGUGAAGGAGAAGAUCCUCCAUCAGAUUGAAGCAGCACGGCUGAGGAAAAUCUCACAGCCUGGUAUCAUCCUUCCUGCUCCUGAGGAUUCUUCCACUCAGUCCAAAGACCAAGCAACCUUUGUGGAGAGGCUGUCCUUCCAGAUCAUCAAAAAUAUCCAGGUGAAGAUUAGGUCUAUCCACAUCCGCUAUGAAGACACCGUCUCUCACCCGGGAAACCCCUUCUGCAUGGGAGUGACGCUGGAAAAUCUGUCUCUGGAAUCAACUAAUUCCAACUGGGAAAUUGGCAUUGCCUCAGAAUCUACUAAAUUCAUCCACAAGUUGAUGAAGCUGGACUCUCUAGCCUUCUACUUCCAAGACAAUUGUCAUCAGUACAACAUGAUGGAAGAGCAAUGGAUCAAGGGGCAGAUGAUGGAAGAUAUUGCCACCAAGGAUAAGCAGCCUUUCAUGGAUGCUUACUGUGAGCUGUUUGCAAUCCAAAGUGUCCUCUAUCGAAUCCACAAGCGGGAAGAGUCUUUCACCUGGGCCCACAUAUCUGCUCACCGCCGAAGGUGUCGUGCAUAUCGGAAUGCAUAUUGCAAGGUGCUGACUGUGAAGAAGCCCUCUGCUGAGCUCUUGGCUGAGGUUGCUAAAUUGGAGAGGGAAUUGGAUGUAUUCAACAUCAGCCUCCUGAGACGUUCUGCUGAGAUGGAGACAGAGAAAAUUCAAAAAGAAAUGGAGGAAAAGAAGAAGAAAAAACCUCAGGGAUGGUUUGGCUGGAUGUGGGGUGGAGGUGGAGGAGAGCAACAGCCUCAGUCCACUGAGGACUAUUCACGACGAUUAGCUGAGGCCAUGACAAGUGAGGAGAAGGCCAAGCUCUAUGAGGCAAUAGGCUAUGAAGAAGGAAUGACGGUUGCAGAAUACCCUGCCUCCUAUGUGGAAAGGAAGAUUGAGAUCCGCCUUGGUGAAGCACAGUUCAGCAUUCAGGACAAUGAUCAGCCUGUCAAGCUUAUUUCCAAAUUCUGCUUUUGUAACGUUGUCCUGGGAUUAGAACAGCGACCUUCUGCUGAUGGUCUACAGGUGGAUUUCAACUGUACCAAGAUGUUGGCAGUGGGCUGGGCCAGAAGCUCUAUGGAGCCACCAAUGCUCAUCCAGGACCAAGUCUACUACUACAUCCAGGCCUCUGCUGAGCCCUUGGAAGUCAUAUUUGACUCCCCCACUGUGACCCAGUUGCUGGAUGUCUUCCAGACUCCUGCCAGUCUCGUCCUGGAUGACAUUCAAGCUGCAGCCCGUGGCACAUUUGAAGAGAUCAAGCACUAUUCUCUGUCAGGGAUGCAACAGACAAUUAAUCAGAGACCCAUCAUUGACAUUGACAUCCAUCUCAAGCCCUCCCAUCUGAUCCUACCUGAACGUGGAGUGUUUUCUUCCAAGAGUCAUGUUUUGGUGGUCAGUCUCGGAGCCCUAGACAUGCGAACGAUCCUCAGAGAUCAAGAAGUUGCAAAUGUAAAUGCAAUGCUUCAGUCUGGCUCCACCAAAGAAGAAGUCCUGUCUCACAUGCUCAAGGAGAGUGUGGACAAGUUUGAGCUUAAGAUUUCUCAGAUUCAGGCCUUGGUUGCACUUGCAUCAGAGAACUGGUUGGGAGCUCUUCAUGGGGAAUCACAAGACUUAGAUUCCCCAAGUCCCCUGCACAUCCUCCUUCCCAUGCGCGUGGAAGUUGGGAUCCACCUCUCCAUCCGCUCGGCAGAUGUCCGCCUUCCCAAGGCCAAGAUCAUGGUUCACCUGCCAAGAGUGGGGGUGACAUUGACCCACAAGAAGCUGAUGACCACCCUGCGCCUUCUCCUCACAAUGGAAUGGGGCCAAACUUCUUCCACAAAACUCUCUGUGCCUGCAGUGACAGGAGUUGAAAAGAAGUCCAUUCUCUCUGCUGAUGUCAUGACUGAAUCUGUCAUUCAUACAACAGAUAUCCUGAACCUGAAUGACAACAUCUUCAAACUUCCAGCUCCUUUGACUGUGGAGGAAGAGAUUGGGAAGGUGCAGUUCACUUCUUUGCAGGUUGAAGCCAAGAUUGAAGAGAUCAGCAUGCGACUGGAGGAGACAAGCUUUUCGUACCUGCCCCCCCUGCACUUUCUCAUCAAGGAUGUGGGGGCAUCAGUGAUUAAGAGGGAGACAGACAUGGUCCUCACAUUCAACCUUGGAGGGCUCCUGUUUGAGAGUCUUGGCUCCUCCCAGGUCACAAUCCUCCAGACCAGUCUGAAGUCUGGCAUGGAGAAGGAUGGGCUCUUCAACCUCCAAUACCUAAUGGCAGAUGAGAAGAGUCCUCAAUUUGAGGAGAUGUACAAGUCCAUAGCACAGCGGAUCAACAUGAAAGUGUCCUCCCUGGACAUAGUGCUCCAGAAGGCUCUCUGCUUGGCCAUGAUGAAAUAUGGCAAUGAUGUCUUUGAGGAACUGAAGCCCCUGAUGACUAAGAGGGCUGGGUCAGAACAUGACCUCCAUCAGACUGAGACUGGGAUGCACAGGCAUGCUUCCUCCCUCUUUCUUCACCAGAUAUCAAAGCCAAGAGGCUCUCCUAGACUGGGAAGGAAGAAGCGUGAUGUAAUCCAGCUAAGGGUAGAGGCAAGCCUUGGACACCUGGGUCUGACGGUGUCAAGGACUCGGGGACCCCUGUGUGAGAUCUCCAUUGCAGGGCUUCGAGCUUCUUUCCAGAUGACAGAGGAACACAUGAUUGUACAAGCCCAGAUGAAGGACUUCCUCAUGCUGGAUCCCUCUCCCCAUGCCCUCUACUCUAAGAUGGUUCAUAUAGUGGGAGAUGAUGCAUUCAAGCUGUCAGUGCAGAUGUUCUCUAAUGCUGCCGGCAAUCGUGCUUCGGAUCCAUCUGCUGUGGACAUGGACAUCAGGGGUAGCAUAGGAGGAGUCCAUGUUGUGUAUCUCCACCAAACCAUCAUGGAUAUUCUUGUAUGUCACAUCCUUGUAUGUCUCAGGGUUCUCACAGAUGAUGAAAGCUUGAAAAUGCUGGAGAAAGGGAAAUGGAAUGAGUUCAUCAACCACUUCCAAGCAGCAAAAGAUGCUGUUAUUGAAGCUUCAGCUGCUGCAGCUGAAGCAGCAAGGGCUAAUGUCACCAAGGCAUACCAGCAGGCAUUCUGCAUUCGCUUUGCAGUUGACAUGAAGUUGGACAAUCACUUUGAAGUGAUUCCAAGCCAGUCAAAAUCUAAGCCACCCCUUGUAUUUGACCACCUCAACAUCACUUUGAGGGACUUCAAGUUCUCCAGGCAGUUGCUAAGUGAGGAAUCCCUGGACAUUCUGGCUGAGGUCCUUCUCAUUGAACCUAUCAGUUUCAAAUUCCUUCUCAAGCGCAACCUCUCCCUUGGCUCGUACCUGCAGUACCCACAAAAUGACAUCUCAGCUAAUCUUGGAAGCAUCCGGGUGUGUCUGAGUGAGGGAGACUACAAGUUCACACUGGCAGUGCUACAAGAGAAUCUAGGGGGUGGAGCUCAGGGAAGCCGGAAAGAAGUGCCUGCAAGCCCAUCAUCUCCAGUUCCUGGUCAUAUCAUGACUCAAUCAUUUCUGCCUGGCUCAAUCUCUAUUCCUUCUGCUGGAUUUGCCCUGAAAGAAGAAAAACUUAGUGCAACAGCUCCAAGGGAAGAGCAGGAUUAUACGGCACUUCAGAUUGGCAUCCAGCUGGACUCAGUGGAACUAGUCUUGUACUCUGGGUCUUCCAAUUUGGUAGGGCAGAAGUUAAUGGCAGGUCAGAAGGUAGUGGAGCGAAACCCAAAGCAGAGCCUGGCCCGCUGUAGCCUCUCCAUCUUGGCCUUGAAUGCCAACAUGUCAUCCAAUGGGGAAGUAGAGGCCAAGCUCGUCUUGGUGAACUGCAUCAUUGAUGAUGAACGCGGGACCCACUCGGGGAUCACAAGGCUCAUGGAACGCAAGGGCCCACUGACUAAGCUGGUGGAUCAGAUCAUGAUGGAGGAGGAGGGCAAUAAAGGGAAGGGGUUAGAAGAGUCAAAAGCGAAAAAGGAAGAAAAAGGAAUGGAAGAGAAGAUACCCCUGGCUGAUGUAAAGAAGCUGCAGAGUAUGGUUGAAUUCAAGCUGAAGCAAGAUUGCAUUGGGAACCUUGACAUUGAAUGCAAGGUGUUCAGCUUCCUCUUGGUGUUUGAUGUGGACUUCCUCAUGGUGUUGAAGGACUUUGUGACUGUCCCACCAAAGCAAGACUCACCCUUUGGCACCCCAGGUGUGCUGUCCCCUGCAUCUUCCAUGUCCACAGAAUCCUUCCUUCCUCUGCAAGGUAGCCAGGGAGUGGCAGAGGCCCAAGGGCAUGGGAUCAAGGUCACUCUGUCUGCUGUGGAGGAUAAGGAAGUGGCCAAGCCCAUUACAACCAUGAAGAUCAAGUUAAUUGUGGAGGAGCCAGACAUUGCUGUUGUGGUUGACAUGCGGAAGAUGGACACUAAUGCCCUCAUGAUGCACAUGAAGUGUGAGAUGCAAUACAGGGCAAGCAGUGACCACCUGAUGAUGACAGGAAACAUAACAGACUUCCGCAUGUACUCCUGUUGUUACAACCUGGAGAAGAGGUUGAAGACAUCAUCUGAGGUUUUUCUCCCUCUUCCUCUUAUGCUUCAGAUCACCAAAGACUUGGUGCUGCGUCCAGCCUCCCUGUUUGUGACAAUGAACUCCCACCCAGACAAGGACAUGCGCAUAGAUGUGAACAUGGGAGAGCUGAUCCUUCGUGUCACCCCCCAGAUCAUCCAAAUCAUGAUGACCAUUUGGACCAAUCUGAUCAGCCCAUCGCAGGCCAUCGAAGAAAACCCUCAGGCACUUCAGCUCCCCUCCUUUACAGGCAUUUGGGAACAGAAGGCCAUUACUGAGAGAGACCAUUGGUUUCUUCGCCCUGAAGAGGAGGGGGUGGAGGUGGAGAAGCUUCAGGCCCAGGUGCUUAGGGAGAAGGUGGUGGUGUUGGAACAGCUAGUAAUGGAGGCCAAGACCAUCAUUUUAACCCUGGAGGUGGACUCAGCUGGACAAAGCAGUCCCCUCAUGCUCUUUGAGUCCUCCUUUGUUGGGGAAGUGAACAACUGGAGCUCUGAGCUCCAAGUGUCUUCAUCCAUGUCCCUGGAGAUGGCUUAUUACAAUAGCAUCCUUUCCCUGUGGGAGCCACUUCUGGAACCAGUGGAGACCACCAUUGAUCAGAAGACCUCAUAUAUUCCCUGGGACCUCAAUCUGGAGAUCCAAGCAAAUACCCUCAUUGAUGCUCUUGAUGAAGUGGACAGUGGAGAAGCCUCACUCCUGCCCCCAGAAUUCAGCGUGAUGAACCUGACCCUGACACGGACAUCAUUACAAGUGAUGAGCCAGCUAUCUGAGGAGUUCCAGAAAGCCCUGGAGCAGAAGCUCUAUCACAAGCAGACCAUUGAGGCCCCAUUUCUUAUUCACAACUACCUUGGUGUUGAUGUCACCUACAUCCUGGCUGAGAGUGAUCUUGUGCUGUUUGAGGAGCAAGUCUCAAGUGUGAAGGAAGUGGUUUUGAAACCUGGGGCCGCUGUGGGACUGAAGAAGGCACAGAACAAGGAGAAAGUCCAGACUGUCUCCAUCCUCAGAGAUCAGGACAGUCGAGAACAGAUGUUCCUCACUCUUCAGAUGGAAGGCUACAAGGGAAAAUUCCAGGUUCCUGUGCUGAGAUCUGACACACGGUUCUUCCCCAUGAUCUCAGAAACUAAUGGGUUUAUUUCACAAGUCUCCAGUGAAGGACUCCUCAAGACAAUCAUCCUCCGUUCUCCUGUUCAGGUGAUCAACCAGUUUGACCAACCAGUGGAAGUAUUUUACAUGACAAAGCAGGGGAAUGAGGUGGCAAGGAUUGGGGUAGUUGAACCCCUGGCUACUCUGAAUCUUCCUCUUGAUGCUGUUUAUACCCCAACAGCUGAGCUCUUCUUCCGAGUCAAUGGG